GUCUGGGUGGGUUGCGGCAUCAGUAUGGCAAACAGAGGACAGGAACGGCCCGUCGAGGUGAGCCUGGUGGCGGAGGAGGAGGAGAUGGGUAAAUCUGCUCCUCCAAGUCCAUGUGCGUACACCUUCGUCUUGCCAGAGGUGACCAGUGAUGAUGGAGCCCUGCUGGAGCCCAGCUGCCCAAGCCAUGGGGAGACCGUCGCCACCGCCACUCUGGACAGCAACAGCCUCCCGAGAGUCGAGGCCAAGAGGGGCGGGGACACGCCAGGCUCCGCCAUGGGGCUGCGGAUUCAGCACCUGGAGCUGGCCAUGGAGAACUACACACACUGGAUACAGCUUAUUGAGGACUUGGUGAGACACAACUUUAUUGAGCGGGCUAGCAGCAGACUGAAGAGACCAGACGAUAUGGCUGCCUCCAUCCUGGACCUGAGCACCAGUCUGCUCCGACAGGGAGCCAAACACACGCAGAAGCUGAUGGAUGUGAAGAUACGGGCUUUGGACCAGACGUCUAGACUGGAGCUUCAGCUGCUGGAAGACUCUCUUGCAAAAAACAAACUCGAGUCCCGUCUGCUUCAACAAAGCCAUGACAUCUCCAAGCUCAGCAACACAAAUAAUGCCCUGGAGCGACGGCUGCGUGAGAUGGAGCGUGUGCAGCAGGCUCAGCUGGCGGUGCUGAGGGAGGAGCGCGGCGGCCUGCAGGGGGCGUCAGAGCGCCAGAGGAGACUUAUCCAGCAGCUGCAAAGCCACCUGGGCCUGGUCGCCCACGACAACCACCUGCUGCACAGCCAACAGCAGCAGCUCAGGCACACCAUCCAACACCUGCAAGGCGUCUGCUCCAAACCAGAAGUGGCUUUAAACAGCGUACAUCAGGCCGAUGAACUGGGGGAGUUUCGUGACUGUGCAGACGUUUUCCUCGCUGGCUUCAAUAAGAGUGGAGUCUACAGCAUUCACUCAGGAACGCAAUACACUGUACAGGUGUACUGUGACAUGGAGACUGCAGGUGGAGGGUGGACAGUGAUCCAGAGGAGACAGGACGGCACUACAGACUUUCACAGGACCUGGAAGGAAUAUAAAAUGGGUUUUGGGAGUGUGUCUGGAGAACACUGGCUGGGGAAUCAGAUUAUCUUCCUGUUAACCAGCCGGAAGCCGCAUUCCAUGCGGGUAGAGCUGACUGACUGGCAAGACCAGCGGGCCUUUUCUCACUACCAGUAUUUCCGCAUCAGCAGCGAGAAGGAAAAGUACAGGUUGUCUGUGCAGGGCUACAGGGGGACUGCUGGGAGACUGAGCAGCCUGGUGAUGCCCGGCGCAGCCUUCAGCACCAGAGAUGUGGACAACGACAACUGUGUCUGCCAAUGUGCAACACUACUCAGCGGAGGCUGGUGGUUUGAUGCCUGUGGUCCGUCUAACCUCAAUGGAGUCUACUAUAGCAAAGGCCAUAAGACCGGCAAGCUCAACGGCAUAAAGUGGCACUACUUUAAAGGCCCGGGUUACUCCCUCCACAAAACAACAAUGAUGAUCCGACCUGUGGACUUUGGGCUCAAAAACUAAACCAAAAAUUGGCCACUA